ACAUUCUUAACUAUACAACUUAACAGCUCCAUUUAUAUUGGACAUUAAUAUAAAUCUAUCGCCAGUGUUCUUGUAUGAUACAAUGAACUUAAGUUAACUUGCCACAAACCAAACUCUGCACAAUCUUCUGAGUAUUUAAACAACAUUUCACAUUUUAUUCCUUCAUUUAGCUUUUCAGCAACAUUGUCUGUGAACGUAAUCUCCUCUCGGUCUAAAUGUUCACUGUGUCUAAACAAGCUUAGGCUCUGGUUGCUUAUCUGGAUACAAAUUAUUGGAGAAACAAUGAUUAUUAAUUAUUAAUGAAGGCUCCAAUAACAAUAUUGGACUACAUUUGUGUCCUUUUAUUCUUACCGACAGAAGCUGAACAUCUUAAAGCUUGUCGACCAUCAUAUUGACCAUCUCAUGACACCUAGUGGCCAUUUUAAUUCAUACCACAAUACAAGAUGUCAAACGCUGAAUUGAAAGCCUGAAUUGAGUAUAAAAACCUCGUCUAGAGUCUAUAAUGAGGUGUUUCUAGUCAUUAAAGAUUACAUGCUGAAAUAAGACGGGAUAAAAGAAGGAACUGGAAGUAGACCUGAACCACAACAUUUAUGGUGUUAGAAGGUGAAAGCAUGUCACAGGAUUUCAGAGAUAUAAUUUGGUCUUUGAGUGAUUCAUAGCCCAGUAGCAGUAUUUCAAAAAGCAGUAUUAUUAUUUUUUAAUAACUGAUAACCAUUGCAGAAACUGUAGAAAGGGUGUAGUGUAAUAUGUUCAUGUUACUUUGUUUUAUUCAGUGGUGGAGAAAGUAUUCAGAUACUUUACUUCAGCGGAAGUACUCGUCAGGAAAAUGUACUAAAGUAUAGAAAUGUCCCCUGUGACUGUUAGAAUAUUAUAUAUUCAAUCAUUCAAUUACUCAUGCAUUAAUGUAAGAGCAGGAUUUUACUGUAGUUGGUUGAGCUUGAGCUCAUUUUCAUUAUAGAUUCAUCUGCUGAUUAUUUUCCCAAUUAGUCGAUUGGUUUGUAAAGAAAAUCUGAAAAUAGUGAGAAAUGGCAUCAAAAUUACCCAGAGCCCAACGUGACACAUGUCACAAUGUGUGUUUCGCCCAACCAGGAGUCCAAACCUCAACAUUAUUUAAAGAUAUUAACAAAUCCUCACAUUUUAGAUUUGUAACCAGGACAAGUUUUAGUGCAAAAUUACUUUAAUCAUUCGCAAAAAACCCUCUUAUUCAAACUGUUCCCAUGUUUUUGUAAAGCUGUCUGUGCAUGUUUCACUUGUCUUAAAAACAAUUCUGUGAAUCAAUGCUGGAUCUGACUUCUAAGCACAUACUUUCAUUUCUCUUAAAUAAAGAUACAACAGUUUAAUUUCCCUGUGACUCGGUGGAAUCUUCCCCCUUUUUGAUAGUUAUUCUGAGAAGAAGCACUGGACUUAAAUGCUGUACAUUUAUUUCCCCUUUGAUUGUUUUGGUUGACGAUCUCACCAAAGUGUCUCUGAACAUUGUUCUCUUACUAUUGUGUUAAAAAAGGAAAAUGAACACAUUCAUCUGAGUCCAUUUCUGAAUCCAGUUAUUACUUUGCACUCAUAAAUGCAGCAGCCAGUGCUGAGAUCUUGAAUGUUCAUACGUGACCUUAUGAACUGUCCAUCUUGUGAAAGAGGAACAAGAGGUUUGUGCGAGAGAAAUUUCUAAGAAAUGAUUGAAACAGAAACAUCUGACGCUGUUACUGAAGAAAACAUUUCCUUUAAGGAAUCUUAACAGUAUUUUGCAUGUUUUUUUAAUGGGUUUCAGUAGAUCACACUUACUUAACUUACUUAUAUCAUCGCUUGAAGUUCGAUUUGAUGAGCACAAAGUUAAUACGUUUUAACAAACCUGAAUUCUCCUUUAAAUGUUCAUGGUUUAGUAAUGAAAAGCGUACUUUGUUUGCAACAGAUGUGAAACAUGCAUGAAAAAGGUUGUUUUUUUUACUAAUGACAAAAUGUUAUGAAGAUAAGGGACUCUUUGUAUAUUUAUUCUAUUCACUUAGUACACCCUGACAAACUUUCAGAACAGAAAUCUGACAAAGUCUUCAUGAUUGGUCCAACAGCAGUGACCUUUUAUAACCUCUUCUUUCCUUCUGCUCUUUACACACUUACGGUAUAUAUAUAUUUCUUUAAAACGUACCUUUUAAAGCUGGUUAUACUGUUUUAUUUCAUGUCCAGCACUCCCAUAGCUGUUCAUCAUGCUCUUACCUCAGUUAGCACACCCACUUUCAUGCAUCACAGACGAUAAAGAUCAGGCUUCCUCCUCAGGCUCAGUUAAUGUUUGAUGUUCACGUUUGUUAAUGUUUUGAGGCACAAGUGAACCGACGGACACCAGUUGAGCUGAUAUCCAGAAAACCUGAGGAGCGUGUUUGAUGCUGACUUUACUGAAGAUGUAUCGCCUCCGGCCCGUCGCCGCUCUCCUCCUCCUCCUCCUAUCCAUCGCUCCAGCGGGAGCUGAAGUGGUGACGUCGAUGGCAGACUGUGAAGAGUUUUUCCUGCAGCAAACUCCACCAGACAUCCCGGGUAUCUUGGAGGGAGGGAAGAUCCUGAACCAGAACAGAUACAAACUCAUUUGCCAGACUUUCAAAAACAUGAGAAGAUUUGUGACGCUCUACGACACAGAGAACAAGAUCCCAGUGUUUUCUGCCUACAAGUACAGAGCGAUACAGAGCAAUGGGACCAAAAGAGAAUGGAAAAUAGAACCACAGCUUGAGAACAUACAUGACAACAAGAACAUGAGGAAAUCAUCCAAACCUAGUUACAACCACCAGGCAGCAAAUACUGAUUACACCAACCAAGGGUACGACAGAGGCCAUUUAUUUCCAUGCUCUUAUGCAUCGACCAAAGAGGAUAAGGAAUCUACCUGUACCCUCACCAAUGCUGUUCCACAAGAACCAACAUUCAACAAGGGAAGCUGGAACAGAAUGGAGCAAUGCAUCAAAUGCUUUCUGGAUGAGUACUGUACAAACAGCAACGGUGUCAUUGAAGCCUUUUUGGUAACUGGAGCACAGCCCGGCACCACAUAUAUCAAUAACAAGGUUAAUGUUCCUUCCAUGCUCUGGUCAGCAUUCUGCUGCUUCAGUGAGAAGGAUGGAGGCAAGUGGCUAGCAAGCGCAUAUUGGGGGAAAAAUGUGAAAGAUGGCAGCAAAAAUGAAUCUCUUCAGGCAAAGACCUUGGAAGAGCUCUCUAAAGAACUGACAACAUCAAACUCAAAAUUUGAAGUGUUUCCUGGAACACAUUGUCCUCCCGACACAACUGUCACUCAGUUGUACCCAAAACUUAAAAUGUCUUGCGAUUGCCCCACUUUAACUACUUCUGCCCUAUCCACGGCCACCUCUACCCCUCUAAUUUCAACGUCUACUACCCCAGCAACUAAUCCAACCAAGACUACAACUACUAAAUCCAAAACUGCAACUGCUACAACAACCACAACCACCAGCACAACUACAAAGAAGAAAGAUGAGGACAAAAACGAAAAGGAAAAUAAGCAGGAGAUUAAAGGAAACCCAGAAGGAGGAGAUCCAGUACCAUCUAUUCCAGGCAGUGGAGGGCUUCUUGGGGUUCUCGGAGUGUUGUUAAUAGGAAUAUUUUCAGCAUUGGCAACAUAUUUGUGGUUAAAAAAGCCAUUACAAUCUACCCAUAUUGCUACCCGACCACCAGUGGCAUUUUGGUAGUAAUUCACCGACCGUAGCCAAGCGUCCAACAACAACAAUGCCCCAAACAGCACCCAUCCAUGCAAACUCUGCUGCGGCUUUUACAUCAACCACCUCUGUCAGUGCAGCCACAGCUACGACACAAACAGCUAUCAUUUCUGAUGAAAGCUUUUCUACCAAACCUUCUCCAGCUACUGCAACAGCUCAUCACAUCUUCUCCACUCAUAGUCCCUCCUUCCUCUUCAGCGCCUUCUGAAACCUCAAGCCCUCCAACAAAGUGUUACCGUCUGUUUUCUCAUUCAAAUCCCUCCAUCCUGUGUCCCACACAAAUAUGCAUUUCUCUAUUAUGGUUAUUAUUAUUUUUAAUUUGGGCUGUACUGUCCCUUUAAACCUCUUUUGUCUUCUUUACCUUUUGAUGUUGUUCUUUUGUUUUUAUCAAUACUAGCUCGUUGUCCUGUGAUUUGUGAACAAGGUAAUAACCAACUGUCACAAAAUAUCGUAACAUUUAUGUAUUCAGUUCAAGUUUUGCUCUUACUUUAGAACAGAGGUCUUCAACAGGGGGUCCUGCGACCCCUAGGGGUCCGCGGAGGUACU